AUGAGUGCAACGGUUAGCAUGGGACUCUCCGCCACCGUGAGGCCCUGCUGCCGUCUCCUCCACCUCCUCCCGAAAUGCCCCCAUCCUCCCUCUUUCUCCCCCUCUCUCUUCCCGAAAUGCCCCAACGACCGCCUCGCCGUCCUCCGCGCACUCGCCGCCGGACACCACCGCCGACCCUCCUCCGUCCGCGCCACCGUCGCCCCCGCCUCAGCCCCCGAUGUCCGCCGCCUCUCCACCUCCGUCGAAUCCGUUCCCGGCGCUGCCGGCGACAAGGCCUUCGAGCGGAUCUACGUCCAGGGCGGCCUUGCUGCCGUCAAGCCCCUCGUGAUCGAGAGGGUUGAGGAGGAGAGGAAGGAAGAGAAGGAAAUCAAGGACGCGGCGCCACCGCCGGCGGAGGUGGCGGAGGAGAGGGCACAGGGGAGGGAGGAGUCGGAGGCGGAGAAGGAGGCGUGGAGGCUGUUGAAGAGGGCGGUGGUGAAUUAUUGUGGGACCCCAGUGGGGACGGUGGCGGCCGAGGAUCCGGGGGCGCAGCCGUUAAAUUACGACCAGGUCUUCAUCCGGGACUUCGUGCCGUCGGCCCUCGCCUUUCUUCUCAAGGGUGAGACGGACAUCGUCAAGAAUUUCCUCCUGCACACAUUGCAAUUGCAGAGCUGGGAAAAGACUGUGGAUUGCUAUAGCCCCGGACAAGGGUUAAUGCCGGCUAGCUUUAAAGUUAGAACUCUGCCUUUGGAUGGAAGCAAUGAAGCAUACGAGGAGGUUCUGGACCCUGAUUUUGGUGAGUCGGCCAUUGGGCGUGUAGCCCCAGUGGAUUCUGGAUUAUGGUGGAUCAUCUUAUUGAGAGCUUAUGGGAAGAUUACUGGGGACUAUGCAUUACAGGAGAGAGUGGACGUGCAAACAGGCAUUAGACUGAUAUUAAAUUUAUGUUUAUCUGAUGGGUUUGACAUGUUCCCUUCUCUGCUAGUAACUGAUGGCUCUUGCAUGAUAGAUCGACGGAUGGGCAUCCAUGGCCAUCCUCUUGAGAUCCAAGCUUUAUUCUACUCUGCUCUACGAUGCUCCCGUGAAAUGAUCACUGUCAAUGAUGGAUCAAAGAACCUUCUGCGUGCCAUCAAUAAUAGGCUCAGUGCAUUGUCCUUCCAUAUCAGAGAGUACUAUUGGGUGGAUAUGAAGAAGAUCAAUGAGAUAUACCGUUACAAGACUGAAGAAUAUUCCCAAGAUGCUAUUAACAAGUUCAACAUCUAUCCAGAACAAAUCCCUUCUUGGCUAGUAAAUUGGAUUCCUGAGAAAGGUGGCUACCUUAUUGGGAAUGUGCAACCAGCUCACAUGGACUUUAGGUUCUUCUCGCUUGGUAACCUUUGGGCCAUAGUUUCAUCUUUAUCUACUCCUCGACAAGCUGAGGACAUUCUCAAUCUUAUUGAAGAUAAAUGGGAUGAUCUUAUGGGGAACAUGCCCCUCAAGAUAUGUUAUCCUGCUUUAGAAUUUGAUGAGUGGCACAUAAUUACCGGCAGUGAUCCAAAGAAUACCCCCUGGUCAUAUCAUAAUGGGGGAUCUUGGCCCACUCUACUAUGGCAGUUCACAUUAGCUUGCAUUAAAAUAGGCAGGCCUGAAUUGGCACGCAAGGCUAUUGCACUUGCUGAGAAGAGGCUUUCUAUUGACAAGUGGCCAGAAUACUAUGAUACGCGAACUGGAAGGUUUAUUGGGAAGCAAGCAAGGCUUUAUCAGACAUGGACAAUCUCUGGAUACCUAACCUCGAAAUUGUUCCUGGAAAAUCCUGGGAUGGCAUCCAUUUUGACGUGUGAGGAAGAUCUUGAGCUUCUUGAGGGCUGUGCCUGCAGUCUAUCCAAGAGUGCCAAGGGUACACGAACAAAGUGUUCACGCACUGCUGCUAAAUCUCAGCUCCUUGUAUAACCAUGCAAGGACUACAGAUUAUUAUUUUUUUUCCUAAUGUACUUACACUUUAUAGUAGCAGAAAAUAAGCACAAAGGGAUCCAUUUGUAUUAGGAAAAAAUGGAGCUCUUUGCAGUACAGUGCAGAUUUUUUAGUCCACCUUGCUCUCACAAUGCAUGCUCAUUAUUUUUAUGGAGCUAGCAUUGAUGAAGCAUCGUGUUCAAUAUUUGAGAGGACAUGAUCAUAGGUCUCAGGUUCUGCAACAGGCAAAUUGUGUGUAAUUUCCCGUGAUAGUGACUGAUUCACACUACUGCUAACAUAUUGUAUUGGAUUACAAGUCUGUAUGAAUAUAAAAAAAUAUAUUGGUUCUUAAAAUU